AUGAAAUAUUUUUUCAUUAUUUGGUUUUCUUAUUUGACUAUUGUAAACUCAAUAGUAGGAAAAAAAGCUUCAGGUAAUGAUAACUAGUAUUAGUUAGAAUAGUUCUUCCCAUAAAUGAUGGAAUGGCUUAAAAAAUAAGAUUAGAAAGUAGAUUAAACAUUAGCUUUUAGUGUUUUAACAGAAAUAAUUUAAUAAACAGAUGAAGAACUACUUUUAAAUAAUGAAAACUCAGAGUUUAUUAAAGCAUUUUAAUAAUAGGUAUUCUGUAAGAGUAACAUUAUUAAGAUUUUGAAAUAUUGUAAAUAAAAAUAGAAGUUUGAAUAUGAAAGGAAAGAAGAUAUAGAAAAAUUCAUUACAGAUGAACUCAAACAUAACUCCAAUUAUUUCAAAAUUAUGAUUAAGGAUAAAGAAAAAAUGAUAGAUUAAGAUAAUAAAGAAUUAGAAAAAGUUAAAAAAACAAUCAAAGAUCAUAGUAAAUUACAAGAUAAAUUAAAUGAUAUUGUAGAAUUACUUCAAGAAAUAGAUUUAAGUAGAAUUAAGUUAUUAUUGAAUAGGCUUAUAAAUUGGAACUUCAGAAAAAUUAUAUAAAACAUUAGAGAUCAUUGAAUCAAAGGCAGUUAUUGGAUUAUUUAAAUAAUAAUCUGAAGAAAUAGAACUUUAUUUAACUCAUGUUGAUCUGCUUUUUAAAACUAAAAAUUUUUCAUAAGACUAAGUAUUUUUUGAUAUUUAUUCAAGUUUGAAAUAAUAAAUCUGAUUUCAAUGAUAAAGAAUGUAUUAUUAGAUAUGAAGUUUAAUAUACAAAUAAAAAUGUAAGACGAUAAUAUGGUAACUUUUGAAACGAUGAAAUUUUUUGAAAAUACUAAAACUACUCAUUAAAUAGCUUUGGAUUAUUUUAAAGAUGAAUCUAAUUAAUUUUUAGGUAAAAAUAUAUAUAAUAUAAUUAUUGUAGGAAAUUUAAUGAAAAUAUGGGAAUAGUCACUUUAUAAUUAAAAUGAAAUAUAUAAUGAUAAUGUUGAAUUUUGUUAAAUCAUCGAAAAAUUAUCUUAAGAAAUAGAUAAAGUCAAUGAUUCUCUUAGUUCUAUUCCAUAAAUAAAAAAAUAUUCUUUAAAAAAGGCAGAAGUCUAAUUUUUAAAGCAUUCAAAUUGA